AUGAGCCUCAGUCGCUCUCGGGUGGCGCCGGCGCCGAAGAGCAGGCGGGAGGUGGCGGUGGGGUCGGACUCCGAGUCGGAGUCGGAGUUGGAGCCGCCCGACGCUGCAAGGCCCGCGUCCCAGGAGGCCCUGGCGUCGGAUCAGGGACAGGAAUGGCCAGCGAGCUCGGCUUCGGGGCAGGCCUCGGAGCAACGACCGUCUACAGAGCAGGAGGACCGGCCGUCGCUGGAGGACAAGUCGUCGCUGAAGGACAGGCCGUCGCAGGAGUACCAGACGUCGCGGGAGUCGGGGACGAGAGACCUGUCCCUGUGGGAGCCGGAAAUCCAGACGCCCCGGGCCGCGGGCCGGCGCCGCUGCCACACCGACUGCCUGGAGGCGCCGCUCUCCAGCGCCUUCGGUUGCCUGGGCUGGGCGGUGGGCGCGCACCCCUGGUUCUUCCUGCUCGCGGCCAUGAUGCUGACGGCCGCGCUCGGCUCCGGCCUGAUCUACCUGCCCAAGGACAAAGAGGAAGACCUCGAGCAGCAGUACACCCCGAUCGGGGGCCCAGCCAAGGCCGAGCGGCGCUUCGUGCAGGCUCACUUCACCACCAACGACUCCUACCGCUUCUCCGCCGCCAGGAGGAGCACCGAGGUCAGUUUCGCCUCCAUCCUGGUGGUCGCCAACGCCGCCUCGCUGCUGGAAGAAGACACCUUUACGGAAGUGAGUAGACUGGACGACGCGGUGCAGUCUGUGUCCGUGGAGGAGGUUAACGGAACCCAGAUCCCGUACACGCAGGUGUGCGCCAAGUACAAGAACGUCUGCGUGCCCCCCAACCCGCUCCUGAACGCCUGGCAGCAGAACAGAACGCUCGACCUGAGAAACGUCACCUUCCCCAUCUUCGACUACGAAGACCAUCCCAUCUACCUGGGCGGCUUCUUUGGAGGAAAUGCCCUGGGUAAGAGGAUGGGAAGGAACCAGUUACUCCUGCAGACCAAAGCCCUGCGGCUGCUGUACUACCUGAAGACCGAGCGACUGGAGGACAAGCUGCGGAGCAAGCAAUGGCUGGCUCAUUUCCUGAACCAAUUCAACAACAUUAAGAAUGGCCUGAACUUGAAGAAUAUAAAGGUGGUCCACUUUACAUCACUUUCUAGACAACUGGAAUUUGAGGCAACUUCUAAGACAGUGAUCCCUUUGUUUCACUUGGCGUACGUCCUAAUCAUUCUAUUUGCAGUCGCAUCAUGCUUCAGGAGUAUGUACAAAGCAAAGACUUAUUACAGAGGAAGGAGUGAUGAAUUCUGUUGUGAAUUCAGAGGCAACCAGAGAAAGCAUCACAGAGAAGGUAUCGGAGUCGAUGACAUGUUUAUCAUGAUUUCUGCCUGGCAGAAGACCAGCCUCAUGGAAGGCAUACGAGAGCGCAUGUCCCACGUCUACUCAAAGGUGGCAGUGUCCAUUACAAUCACCACUGUCACCAACAUCCUGGCCUUCUAUACAGGGGUUAUGAGCUCUUUCAGGUCCGUACGAUACUUUUGCAUCUAUACAGGAACAACCCUGUUCUUUUGUUAUAUUUAUAACAUCACUUGUUUUGGAGCAUUUAUGGCCCUGGAUGGUAAAAGAGAAGUAGUCUGCCUACGCUGGUUGAAAAAGCCAGAGACUCCUGACCAAAAAUGUCCCUCAUUAAAAAAGUUCUGUUUCCCAUUUGGUUCUGUCGUAGAUGAACAGGGAACUGAUGUCCAUCCAAUGAAUGUGUUCUUUAGAGACUAUUUUGGUCCUUUUCUCACAAAUACUCAGUCCAAGGUUUUUGUAGUGGUGCUAUACAUUUUGUACCUUGUCAGUAGUAUAUAUGGGUGUUUCCAAGUGCAGGAAGGUUUAGACCUUCGAAAUCUGGCAAGUGACGAUUCCUACAUCACACCGUAUUUUAAUGUAGAGGAAGAGUAUUUUUCAGACUAUGGUCCCAGGGUUAUGGUCGUUAUCACUAAAAGUAUUGACUACUGGGAUAAAGAAGUUAGGCAAAAAUUGGAAAAAUGUAUGAUAGAUUUUGAAAAAAAUUCCUAUGUAGACGCAAAUCUUACAGAAUUCUGGUUACGAGCAUAUGUGCAAUAUAUGAAAGGUAAUGGACAAGAUCCUAAUGAUAAGAAUGCUUUUAUAAAUGGUAUUUCUGGUUUUGUAAACUAUUUUCCAACUUUUAUGUAUGAUAUUAAUAUUUCAUCAUCGAAUGAAAUCAUUUCUUCCCGGGGCUUUGUUCAGACUAUGCAUGUUUCUUCCUCAACCAGUAAGAAGAUAAUGUUAUUCCAAUUACGGAGCAUAGCCGAAAAGUGUGAAAUUCCCCUACUAGUGUAUAACCAGGCAUUCAUAUAUUUUGAUCAGUAUGCCGCAAUAUUAGAAAAUACUAUUCAAAAUGUCAUAGUUGCAUCAGCAGCUAUGUUCAUUGUUUCCUUAUUGUUAAUUCCUCAUCCAAUGUGUUCCUUGUGGGUAACUUUUGCUAUUACUUCUGUGAUUGUGGGAGUAACAGGUUUUAUGGCAAUAUGGAAUGUCAAUCUUGAUUCCAUAUCCAUGAUUAAUCUCGUCAUUUGUAUAGGGUUUUCUUUCGAUUUUUCUGCACACAUUUCCUAUGCAUUUGUUUCCAGUUCUCAGCCCUCAGUAAACAAAAAAUCAAUUGAGGCAUUAUACGAGGUAGGCUACCCAGUGUUACAAAGUGCAAUUUCAACAAUAAUAGGGGUGUGUGUUUUAUCUGCAGCUAAAGCAUACAUCUUCAGGACAUUUUUUAAGAUUAUGUUUCUUGUUAUGCUAUUUGGGGCUGCUCAUGGCCUAAUUUUUAUUCCAGUAUUCUUAACCUUUUUUUGAAGGUUUGUUUGAAUAUCCACUAACAAAUCAAAGAUCAAUUAUAGAAUUCCUGAUUGCCCCAAUCUUAUCUAAUAAAAAAAUGCACUAUUAAGAA